AGCCAACACUCGUCUUUUAAGUAUUACCUUGGAAGCGGUAAUAGCUCAUUCGAUACCCUUUUCAAAAGGGCGCACGCACAGAUCACAAAUCAACAAGCUAAAAUCCGACAAUCGCUACAGGAAUCCAUGACUUCUGUACCAAGAAUGCUACGACAGUAUUUCUUUAGACCUCUAUAUCGCCACGUGUCUCUCUAUGCCUUGGAGCAGAUCCAGAAUGAGUUUAACCGCAUGUUAGAACUGGGUGAUUUUGCAUUGAACAAAUGCGGUUGUGUACUUCUAAAAACCCAUGGAUUGCCGUGUGCAUGUUAUUUACAAAUAAAAAUUGGAUCACAUGGUGCUUUGUACUUGGAUGACAUUCAUGAAUUCUGGAGUACUUUGAGGUACACAGAGGUAGGAGACGAACCCAAUGAAGAAGUACGAAACGCGAACGCCAAUGACAAAGAGUACUUUCAAUCUCUGGUCGAUGAAGUCCUUAAAUCUGAUCCCGCUUUUGUUCGCCGAAUGGCUGAGGUACUUGAAUAUGAAUUACACCUAGAUGGUGCGGAUAUACCUGAGCCUUACGCUAGUCCACCGAGAAAGGGAAGACCAAGCACUAGUAAAACCAUGAGAAGGAGAAAAAGUUCAUUUGAAUAUAGCCGAUCAUCUUCUCGUGGUCGAGGGUCUAGAUCUUCUUCCCGCGGGAGAUCAAGUGGCAGAUCUAGUGGCCGAGAGACGCAAUCUUCAGUAGGAAUUAAGUUCAGUUUCAACUUAUCCGAUGAUCCAGGAGGUCGUGAUUUCUCACAGUUUCCAUGGGCUGAUUACAUCCCAUUCAUGCUUCCUCCUUAUUUGUUCGACUGGAUUGAUGUGUUAGGUGAUGGUAACUGUGGAUUUAGAGCAAUUGCCGUCACAGAGCUGGGAGGCGAGGAAGCAUGGCCUAUUUUAAGACGUGCUAUGAGUAUGGAAAUGCAAAUGAACAGAGCGCAAUACCUAACUUUGUAUCUAUCUCAUGAGUCACUAGACGAGUCAAUAUUCAGAGUAGGUUCACACACCGAUGGACCUGCUCCUUUCAUGCACUGGUUCGAUGCAUCGAUGGCUUUCUACUCUGCAGCAACGUUUCUUAACAUUGCCAUUGCUUUUUAUGGUUCUGCUAACGGUGAUUCAAUAAACAACUGUUUGAUUCUUCCUUUAAGAAAAUCACAGGCCGCGAGAAGUGUAAAUAAACUAAUACAUAUACUUUGGGUUAAUCGAAAUCAUUUUGUUCAACUUUUUAUGAACGACGAUUCAUCCCCUCUGCCGCCGAUCCACCCACGUUGGAAACAAGCAGCUGACAAUUUCGCGAAAGAUCUUGACACAAAUUUCACUACGAGGAUUAUGCUGUGGAAUAAUCUACGCGGGGCACCCCCACCAACAAAUAACACCGCUGACGAUGCUGUAAAUUUAGAUACUCCAUAGAAUUUAUACACGACAUUCAUUAAAAGUUGUAUAUAAUCCAUAAUUAUACUACAGUGUGUGCUGUUAACAAUUUAUUUAUUUCUUUGAUUAAUAGGAGGAAUUUAUAAUGCUGGUAGACAAAUAUACAUGUAUUUGUGUGAUGUGGGUUAGUGUGUAUAUUUAUGUAAAUUAAAUGCAAUCAU